AUGCUCCGCUUACUGCUCUGCGUGACUGCGGUCGUCCAUUUUACCACCGGUGCUGAUCUGCCAGCGUGCCAAGGAGAGAACAAGUGCUUCUUGUGCACUGUGACGGGCCCCACUGUGAUUGAUAUCAACGGCCAAGUGAACUCUGCCAAGGACCGGUGUGGGUACACUCUGAUGAAGACAACAUCAAUCCCUGGUAUAAAAGUACACGUGACCUUCAAGGAACGACGCCGUGUAGAUGUUAGCUUUUUGGACAGUGUGAUCCUGCAACUGGAGGACGCAGGUGUCAAGAUUUAUCUGAAACAAGGCGGAAAGGUUAUGGUGGGCGAUGCGGAGAAGAAACUCAGCACCACGGCUGAGACGGUUAACGGUGUGGCACUCUCCAAAGAUACGACUGGAGUGAUGUCCAAGAUGUCCAAGGGGAACUACAUGAUGACCGUCUUCUUUGAUGGUUCCACUGCACAGAUACACAUUAAAGCACCAAAAGCAAGUCCUCCCACUGUGGAGGGUUUAUGUGGAAACUCCAUGAAGUUCAGUGAUGAGAAGGCGACUGACCACAGCCCCAAAGAGUGUGACAAGGAACACAAGGACGACUCUAAGACUGGGAUCGAAUGCGCCAAAAUGACUAAACGCUGUGAAAUCCUGAAGGAGGCGCCCUUCGACAAGUGCAAGAGUUACGUAGAUCCACAGCCGUACAUAACUGCCUGCACCAACACUUUAUGCAAAUAUCCUGGAGUGGACGGUUUCAAGUGUCAGUUUCUGGAGGCCUACGCCAGAGUCUGCAGCCUGUACAACGACGAUGUACUGAAAGGCUGGAGAGCAAACGUUGAAUGCUCUACUAACUUUCAGACCCUCUGUCUGGAUCGGUUCUGCACUGCUGAUGAGUUCUGCGGUGACAGCCUGACAGGUGGAACCCGCUGCCGUUGCCGGGCCAUAUUUGCCUCCACAUACGAUAAAACUUUAGGUGAGACAAAGUGUGAUGGGAGCGCUGUGUCGGUUUCUCUGGUUGGUUGUCUCCUUGAGGACAAAGGCAUCAAAUACUCUGACUUACACCUCUUUGACGAAACCUGCAAAGGUGAGAUGGACGCCAAGACCCACAUGGUGUCCAUGGACUUUGACACCAAAAGCAAACCCUGCGGGGCGAUGGUCAGGCUUGACGACGAAGGCAACAUGAUCAACAAGAAUGGCGUCUUAGUGAAGACCACCAGAGAGGAAGUGAUGGACCUUACUUGCCCCUUUGUUAUACCAAAUAUAGACAUCGAUUUCUCAUUAGACAUCGUAGUCACGAGUGGUGACAGCGGCAGCGGUGGGGCAGUUGAGUAUACAAUUGAAUCUGGACCUUGGAAGUACACUCUGAACAUGAAAGCCUUUUCGGAUGCUGCCCGUACGAAGCCUGUGACCUCGGACAGCACACUCAAACUGAACCAGAAGAUCUGGUUUGCAAUGGAGGCGGUUGGGCUGGAUAGUGGAUUGGUUUCGAUGGUGACGGACUCCUGCUACGCAACCAACGUCGCAUCAUCCGACGACAAACUGAAAUAUGAACUCAUCAAGGAUGGCUGUCCACACCCUCUUGACAAAACUGUGCAUGUGGAGGACAAUGGAAAGGGGACAACCAAUUACUUCUCCUUUAACAUGUUCCGGUUCUCUGGGAAAAGCAGAGACGUCUACCUGCACUGCAAGAUCAGCCUGUGUGUCAAAUCGAGCAACACCUGCGCUAAGGUCGUUUCCAUGGAGACUCGGACCGCACGACAAGCAGUAGAUCUCUGCAGUGAUUCCUGA